AUGUCACACCAUCAUCAUAACCAUAUUAAUAACAAUUACAUGAACACGAAUGGCAGCACCAUGACAACAUACACACAACCCACCACACAAUUGUUGUUGCCAUCCAGUCAUCAUCAUUCUCAACCAUUACAUUGGGCGCAACCAACUCCAUCAUUCACUCACCAAGCCAACAACAUUUCUGGAAAUGCUGUUGGUUCCAACCAAUAUGUAUUUUACAGCUCUUCCCCAAUGACAGUGAAUCACAACCCAACUCGUGACUCUCACAAUCUCUUGAUGAAAAGCUCCGCUAAUGGAUCAUCUCCAAACAUGUCUGCCUCCUCAUCGCCUUGCCUUUCUGAUCCAAUGAGACACCAAGAACAAGGACGAACGAACAAUAACUCUUCCUCUUCCGCUUCUUCGUCGACACCACAACGAAGAAGAACGUUGAGCUCGUUCUCUUCUGGAUCUUCACAUAACAAAUCAAAAUCUUCUCUUGGUCUUGUCUUUUAUGAACACAAUGGCAUCCAUAAACGAGCAAAGAAGAAGGAUGUGAUGCUUCCAUUUGAAAAGGUAUUCACAUGUAAAGAUAAGAAGAAUGGAAUGGCUAUGAUGAUGGCGACAGGAUCGAUGUCACCUUCUCAAACACCCUCAUGCGAAGAUCCUCACUCUGUUGUGUUCAUGAAUUGUUCAUCGCCAACGACUCCAAGCAGCUGCUCAUCGCCCAAUUCAUCUCCCACAAGAUUGUCUUCGGCUAUUCAGAACAUACAACAAUGUCACUCACCAACUAUCAUUCAACAAGCACGUCAUCAAUAUCAACAAUUUCCUCAAUCAGAGAUCAAUCAUUCAAUGACCAGGAUCAUCCAUUCACAAACAACAACAUCGCCAAGCGUGCAUCACAAUGUUGAAUGCUCAGUUUCGCCAACGAUGAAAACACAACAACCAUCUUCGUUGCUGCAAAGACAGGCUGUUGUCAAUGUCGAACAACCUCCUCAUUUGGCAGGUAGUCCACAAAUUGGCGGUAGUGCUAACACGAGCUCUAUUUCGGUCGUUGCAAAAGAAUAUCACUUGCCAUCAACGUCGACAAGCGGUGGUGCAGUGUCUAGACCCUACACGAGUUGCAAGCUCACGUCAAAACCUUUAACAACUUUCGCACGAAGUGGAAGAACCUCCAUCUCAAUUCAUGAAUUAUUAAAUUAA